AUGAGGAUGUGUAACGGCGACUGCUCUCCCAGGAAGGAGAACUCGAGAAUGCUGGUGGACUUGUUGACUAGCACACCCAAUGGCCAACGUUCCCAAAGUCCUGAUUCCCCUGCUGCACGCACAAUCAAACAAGAGGAAGGUACUGAGGAGGAGACGGAGAGAAGGCCGGAUGAGGCAGGACACAGCGGUGAAGAAGGCUCUGGAUUGGAGGAGCCCAUGAUUGACAGCCCAAAUAACUUACAAGAUGCUGGGCCAGGAACAGAAGUGCAGAGUGAGACGGGGAUAAGACUGCCGAAUGGUGACCGGCCGUUCCAGUGUAACCAGUGUGGGGUUUCAUUCACUCAAAAGGGCAACCUACUGAGGCACAUCAAACUCCACACAGGAGAGAAGCCCUUCAAAUGCCCGUUCUGCAGCUACGCUUGCCGUCGCCGUGACGCCCUGACUGGUCAUCUGCGCACACACUCAGUGGGCAAACCACAUAAGUGUAACUACUGUGGGCGGAGCUACAAGCAGCGCACGUCAUUGGAGGAGCACAAAGAACGGUGUCAUAAUUACUUGCAGAGCGUCGGCAUGGACUCUGCCUCCAAUCCUGGCCCGUAUCCAGGGGAGGUACCAAAGGAGCAGAGGCAGCUGGAGGCCGCUGGGAUGGCGGCUUUUGACCGGCCUCCUGUAAUUGAAAGACUGCAGGGGAAUGUGGGUAAACGGAAGAGCACCACGCCACAGAAGUUUGUGGGUGAGAAAAUGGUUCGCUAUUCGUACCCCGAGCUGAGCUAUGAGAUGGGCCCUAAGUAUGAGAAGGAAGCUGAGGUAAUGCAUGCCCAAUUGAUGGACCACUCCAUUGCCAAUGCCAUCAACUACUUGGGCGCCGACUCCUUGAGGCCUGUGGUUCAUCACCCAUCCCUCUCCAUGGCCGAAGUGCUGCCUAUGGUGAACCCGCUCUUCCAUCCGAUGUACCCACUUGGGCCCCGCAUGGACCGUCCCAGCAGUCGCGAGCCUCUGUCUUUGCCCCACCCGAACCCAGAGUUCCCGCACCCAACCAAUGGCGCGAUCUCCUUGGUAAGGCCCAAGAAUCCUCAAUCGGCCCGAGAUGGGUCCCCGUGCAACAGCGGACAGGAUUCGGCUGAUUCGGCACGGAGCAGCCCCCGGGACAAGCUUGGUGGGGCCGGGCCCAGGACGAGAUCCAGCCUGGGGUUUGGCCGGGCAGAGGAAGGCAGGGCGAUCGAUGCCACCCGAGUCACCGCCAGGGACAGCGUCCGCGUCUUCAGCCGCGAAGGCCAGGAGCUGAGGGUGUUCCAGUGCGAACACUGCCGCGUCCUGUUCCUGGACCACGUCAUGUACACCAUCCACAUGGGCUGCCACGGUUACAGAGACCCACUCGAGUGCAACAUCUGCGGCCACUGCAGCAAAGAUCGCUAUGAGUUCUCCUCGCACAUCGUCCGUGGAGAACACACCUUUCGUUAAGAAUCCCACGCACUCUCGCAGUCAGUUUACUGCCGAAGCAUUACGUGAGCACCGAUCGGCAGAUAUAUGAAGGUUUGGGUCCAAUAGAAAGUUUUCAUGUUGGAGCUGUUUGAAGAUUUUUGUUCUGGGUGCUGGGAUGAGUAUGUUUAUGUUGUGAAUGUUUUUCGUAUUAAAGUUCUUUUUAAUUUUUUUCACCCACACAGUUUAUUUUUGCAUAUGUACUGAAACUUCCAACAGAGCAGCUAUGUGUUAUCUAAAGUUGUGAAGUUCUUUCUCUUUUUUUGUCAUCUGUAUUACCUCGAUGCAUGCUGUCAUUCUGUUUAUGGACCUUGAUCAAUAUUACAGGUAAACCGAGCAACCAGAGGACCACUGGAGAACUAAACCACUUAAUUUUGCAUACAAAAAAGACUUUAAUUCAGAGCUUCUUGCUGCUGUGGCUUCUUAGUGCCUUGCUAAUGUUUCGAAUGGCACGAUUUUGCCUUUUAUGGAAUGUUUUGUAUCGUUUUAGCGUCUUUUUUCAUUGCUCGCUCUCUUUCGAUGAAGUUCCAGGGCGUAUGAGCUGAAGCUUCGGUACUCGUGCUAAUGUCCUCAUGUCGGUGCUAUUCUAGUUUCACAAAAGCAGUCCUGUAGGGUGGCACCAAUCUUUCAGACACAUUUUAAUGAAGUGAUGAUGAUAAUCCCCCUUGUGUCUCGUAGAUUUUAACGGGAGACUUUUGCCGUGCUAAGGACAGAUGAGUUUUCCAGGCUGUGUUUUGCUGCUGUUGCACACUUACUAUCAUCGCUUGCGUUCUUAUGCACUUCGCUGAAAACAGCACUGCGCCAUGCCUUGAUAAACCUGUUUUUGCACUAUUAGCUUGAGGCCUUGGGCGAAAAUAUGCUAUUUCCAUUCUAUUGAUAAAGCGAACAAAGGUCAGUGUGUAGUUUAGCUAGUAUAUUGUCAUCUGUGAUUCAACUGGGAACAAGUCUGCACCUAUAUGCUUUAUAUGCUAUAUGCUUUAACAACAGGGUUGCCAUACUUUGGAUUGAAAUCUGUGAAUUUCAUUCAGC